AGGCACACUCUUGAGUUUAGUUUUGAAAAAGUCUGUUUCGGCCACCAGCUGCAGCGACGUCGCCAGCAGAACUAGAAGAUUACCUUUCGAAUGUUCGAAAUAAACAAUAACAAGCUAAGUUACUUGGCCGAAGUCCAAAGCCCAUGUUUGGCGCUUUUCUUUCUUUGCUGUUGUUACGUUUGAGAGCUUCUCUCUCAUCAGCUUUUUCUUUCAAUAGUAAUAAGUACAGUACUGUAUUUGGAAUCCAGCUCAGUAUCUGUGCAUCUGUCAACAAUGGAGUCAGCGUCGAGUCGCAUUCUUGACGCCUGCGAUUUUGCUGCAAUCAAGCACCGCGAUCAGAGACGCAAAGACCCCUGCAAAACUCCAUACAUCAACCAUCCCAUAGGAGUGGCCCAGAUACUUUCAAACGAAGCCGGAGUGGAUGACAUUGCAGUGCUCCAAGCUGCGCUUUUGCAUGACACGGUUGAAGACACUGAUUGCACAUUUGAGGAGCUCGAGGCAAAAUUUGGUGACGAGGUGUGUAAGAUCGUGCGUGAAUGCAGCGAUGACAAGGCCCUGCCGAAGGCCGAGCGAAAGCGUCUACAGAUCGAGCAUGCGCCGCACGCCAGCCGGGAGGCGAAGCUGGUCAAGCUGGCCGACAAGCUGUACAACCUGCGCGACCUGGAGAAGAGCACGCCGGAAGGCUGGAGCGAGCAGCGCGUCCAGGACUACUUCCACUGGUCAGCAGCUGUUGUUGCGGGCCUGCGAGGGGUCAAUGCAGUGCUAGAAUCUUAUUUGGAUGAGAUUUUCAAACGCCAUGGUGCUCUGUGAAUAAUCUCACACCCGUCCCUCUUUAGUCUCCCUCCUUAGAAGCCAAAUAAAUAGCAGUUGCUUUUACAUAGUAUAGGCUUUUUGUACUCUUCUAUUUUUCAUGUACAGUGAAAACAUCGGCGUGGAGAAAAAAUUCAUGCAUGUGCACUGGUAUUUUCACCUUCUUGUUUUGUCCUUCGGUGCAGUCGUGGCCAUGGACUCUGUUCCCUGUGUUGCAGAUUUCUUAUCAUCAUCUGGCACGUUUUUAGUGACAGCAGCAGCAGCCUACCGGUUUGUGUUGGUUGUGCCGUGAUUUGUUUCGGCAUGUACCACUCAAGUACUUAUGUAAACAGACGACGAGGAAAAAUGAGUAUAGCUUCCACACGUCGAUUCAGCUUGUCCUAUUGAUUGCAUAAUUAUGUGUUUCUUUUUCUUUUCUUGAAGUCAACCAACGGGACGUAGUGUUCGUCCGUAUUGGAAAAGCUGUUAGCAGCAACGGCACCCAUCUUUUGCUCUUUUUCUCCAGUGCUCACUACAAGUACUGUAGUAAUAUUGUUUGUAUCUGGCAACGUUUUGCCUUUUUCCAGCGGAUGUUUUUUUUUUAAUCGUUUAUACUUUAUUUACUUUGAGCUGGGAAAGUCGCAAGUACUGGAUAUACUAGUAUCCAGCUGUAAUUUUUCAGUAAUAUAACUUGAGUGUUCUCUUGAGGCCAACAUAAUAAUUACUAUUAUGCUCUCUUUCGUGUUUUUUUUUAGUUUGAAGCCAGUCAGGUAGUUUGAUUGUACGAUUUAAAUUAAUGUAUUUCCGGGGAUUCCGUUUAUUCAAAACCUUCCCCGUGCGA